AUGAAUUAUUUUCGAGGUCAUUUUUUUCAGAUAUCAAGGCAAUAUGAGAUGCAUUUUGUAAUGCAUGAUCUUCUCAAUGAUUUGGCAAAAUAUGUAUGCGGGGAUUUUUGCUUCAUAUUUGAUGAUGAAGAAUCACAUAAUAUAUUGAAAAUGACUCGUCAUUUUUCAUUUUUUAAUGUGGUGUCCUUAAAGUUGAGCAAUUGUGAAAAUAUUGUGUUAUUACCUCCACUUGGAAUUUUGCCAUCUCUCAAGAACCUGUGGAUCACAGGGCUAUCUGGGAUAGUGGUUAUUGGUGGUGAGUUUUAUGGAAAUGGGAGUAACUCUUCUUCUGAAAUUAUUCCAUUUGUAUCCUUGCAAACCUUAAGUUUUAAAGAUAUGAAGGGAUGGGAAGAAUGGGAUUGUAAAACUGUGCCGGGUGCUUUUUCAUGUCUCCAAAAGCUUUCAAUUCAAAACUGUCCAAAUCUAAAAGAGUGUUUGCUUCAGCAUCUUCCGCGGUUAAUGAAGCUUGAAAUUUCUUAUUGCCAACACCUUAUUGGUGGCAAUUGCAUGGAAGAAAUGUUGCUUGAAUGGAUUGGACACACUUUAUCUCACGCCCCUCUCGAAUCACUCGAAAUUACAGAUUUCCCAACUCUGACUAUUCCCCUAGGUGGUUGCUAUAAUUUCCUUCAAUAUUUAGGAGCGGGAUCAUAG